AUGUGGACGUUCGGGCGCCGCGCGGCCGCCGGCCUCCUGCCCCGGUCGGCGUCCUCCGGCCCGGUCCAGGCCCACACCGGGACCCCGCGCCCGGAGGAGCUCGCCCGGUUUUGCAGCCGCCGUGGACUGUGCGUGGGGACCGCCGCGGCCUGUGCGCCCCGCCGAGCCAGUUUGCACCUCCACUACCUCAACCAGAUUCUAAAUGUCAAAAAGCAGAGUGUCUAUUUGAUGCCUUUGAGGAACUCAGGAACUUCCAGCAACCCGGGCUCUCUAGACGAAACCGCCUAUGAAAGACUAGCAGAGGAAACACUGGACGCCUUGGCGGAGUUUUUUGAAGACCUUGCAGACAAGCCCUGUACACUGGAGGACUAUGACGUCUCCUUUGGGAGUGGUGUCUUAACAGUUAAACUGGGUGGAGAUCUAGGAACCUAUGUGAUCAACAAGCAGACCCCAAACAAGCAAAUCUGGUUAUCAUCUCCCUCCAGUGGACCCAAGCGCUACGACUGGACUGGGAAAAGCUGGGUGUACUCCCACGAUGGUGUGUCCCUCCACGAGCUGCUGGCCACAGAGCUGACUAAAGCCUUAAAAACUGAACUGGACUUGUCUUCCUUGGUCUAUUCUGGAAAAGGCACUUGAAUGGCUGCCCUCUCAUAAAGACAUUAACAGCUGUCAGGCCAAGACCCCAGCUUCCUUCUGCAGCUGAGUGCGGGUUGUCUUUGUUUUUUGUUUUGUUUUCCAUUCCUACUUUUGAAGACAACUCUGAAAAGAAGGUGUCACCUCCCACCCUGCCUGCAGGAUCUGAUUUAAUUUCUAUAGUUUAUUUGGAUUGAUUGUCUGAUUUCCUGCUUCACAUGAUACCCCUUAUCUCUUUUAAUGUCUUAUACCCAUACCUUAAUAUAAUAAUGACUUUACAAAAAGAAAAAUAAUAAGAAGGAAAAAUUCCCUGGGGAAAUGACUGGUCCUCAUUUUCAUUCUUUGAAGGAUUUACAGCAAAAGCUACAUGAAGAGCAGCUGGCUCAUCACGCCAUUUCAUCCAAAAUCGAGGCUCAUUAAAAAGUAGUUUAUAAAUGUCCCCAGGCCUAGGUGUACACACUUCUGAGCCCUUUAGCAGGCAAAAGAAAGUGUCCAGAAACAAACUGGAGGGGAAAAAAUCUGACCCAAAGCUAUGUUCAUGUUCUAUUAUUUUUUUACCUCGGAAAGGUUUAGGGCUAGGGGUGUAGCUCCCUGACAGAACACUUGCACAUCAUGCCCAAGGCCCUGGGUUCAAUCCCGAGCACUAUUUUUUUUUUUUUUUUAGCGUAUUAGUGAGAAUUCUAUGUAAAUGUGUAGUGAAGGCUUUUGCAAUGAGUGAACCAGAUACACCUUCUAUUACAGGAAAAAAACGGAACAAUAGAACAAUAUAAACAAAUGCUAAGUGGUUAUUUAUUUCCUUUCUUCAGAAAGAAAAAUUUUUUUAGUCUGGAAAUUUUUGAAAGCAGUAGGUCAAUGCUAGAGAGACAAUAAAUAAAACCGUGCAUGCAUGUGUAUGUUUAUGUUUAUCAUCUUUUAUUUAUUUAUGUAUUUUGUACAGAGAUUGAACCCAGAGGGGCUGUACCACUGAGCUACAUCCCCAGAACUUUCUAUUUUUCAAUUUUUAAGACAGCCUGAACUUGUGACCCUCUUGUGACCCUCCUGUGAUCCUCCUGCCUUACCCUUCUAAACUAAGCAGAGGGAAUUACAGGAGCACACCCCACCACACCCAGCUCUAUUGUCUCACUUCUAAUGAAAGUUUCCUUUACCUCACAGGCUUAGAAUUCAGUGACUAGUGCACUUCUCCAUCUGGGAUGCAGCAUGAACUUAGGUGUGCAAUGAGACUGCUGUGAUGUGGAAGUGGAAGGUAGGGAACCUGCUAUUAUGGGCUGGUAGGGGCAGGCCAGCCCAUCAGGCCUGUUUACUCUUACUUUACAUACAGUGCUAACUGGUGCAGUGCCAGAUCCCCAUUUAAGGAAGAAAAAGGACUUGAAGCAUAUGAACUGCAGAUGAAGGAAGAAUCAAAGUUAUAUUCUGAGAUACCAAGUGGAAAAGAGCAGUGUGAGUCAAGAGCCCCUGCACCACAGACCUGAGAGCAUCACCUCACUAAUGGUAUUGUCUAGUCGCCACGAUGAGGAGGAGUUUCAACAGAGGGCUGCUCAAUGUUCAGUAUAAUGUAUUGAAGGAGGCAGGAAAUGCAAAAUAUGAUUUUAGAAUGCUUUUUUUUGUUGUUGUUGUUGUUGUUUUGGUACUGGGGAUUGAACCCAGAUGUUUAACUAUUGAGCCACAUCCCCAGCCUUUUUUAUUUUUUAUGUAGAGACAGGAUAUCACUAAGUUGCUGAGGCUGUCUUGGAACUUGGGAUCCUCCUGCCUUGGCCUCCUGUGCUGCUGGGAUUACAGGCAUGUGUCACCACACCCAGCCAAGCCUUUUUUAAUGAGAAGUUUUUUACAUCUAAUUUAAACUGCUACUUACUUGCUUUUAUUUAUUUAUUUAAUAUUAUUAUUUCUCUGUGUGUGGUACUGGAGAUUGAAUCCAGAUGUGCUCUAACACUGAGCAACGUGUACCCCAGCUCUUUUUACUUUUUUAUUUAUUUUUGGGGGAUGUGUACUGGGGACUGAACUCAGGGGCACUCGACCACUGAGCCACAUCCCCAGCCCUAUUUUGUAUUUUAUUUAGAGACAGGGUCUCACCGAUUUGCUUAGCACCUCCUAUUACUGAGGCUGGUUUUGAACUGGCUAUGCUCCUGCCUCAGCCUCCCGAGCUCUGGUAUUACAGGCGUGUGCCACCACGCCCGGCUUUUUAUUUUUUAUUUUAUGACAGGUUCUCACUAAGUUGCCCAGAUGAGCCUGGAAUGUGUGAUCCUCCUGCAUCAGUCUUCCUCCCAAGUAGCUGGGAUUACAGGUUUGUGCCACCAUCCCUAGCUUUUAGUUGCUUAUCACUAACUUCAGUGUUCUUAUCUGUAAAAUGGGGAUAUGCAGCAUGCUGCGGCGUGUGGGCCCACAGGUAAAGCACAAUCCCAACAUGAGGGUCCUCAAUACAUUACAGCUUCUGUUCUCAUGUGCACAGCAUAAGCAUAAUUUCAUAUUCAAAUUGGGGGCUCCCCUCCAUUGAGUAGACAAAGUCUACUCAACCUUGUCCUUGGUCAGAAUUCUUAUUUUGCUUACCAUGUGAUAGAUUUUGAUUCCCUAAAUAAUUUCUCUUCUGUCCCACUAUGCUUUUAUUCUAUUCCAUCUUCUGUAUCUGCUCUAGAAAUAUUUUAGCCAACUUUAAGUUCAAUAGUUUGCAUUAAGAAAAAGUUUUAAACAUGUUUUCUUCAGCUAUACCUGCCCCAAAUUCAGAUAAACUCUAUGCAAUCCCAAAAGACCCAGGUUCAUAAUGAUGAGGUUUGUAUGAAUUGACUAUUUAAGUUUGCCAAGGAAAACUAGCUUCCUUCUUCCAAGGUUCACAUAAAGAUUAAAGCAAUGUUGGUUCGUGUGCAGUCGAGUUCUUGGCACAGAUUUAUCUUUUGCAAACUGACAGCAGAAAGGGGAAGGAGGAUAAAGUUAUGAAACUCCAUGUAAACUUAUCCCGCUUUUCUAAACACCUUCAUAACUGUCUUUCUUUGUAUAAAGAAAUGCCUUCAGAUCCUCGACAUGAUUUAAAGAGCCAUGAUACUUGUAGUCCAUCCUAAGGUUCCAGUGAACAGUCCCUCUGGGGUGUGUAAAACAGCUCACUUAAACCCUGUGUCUGCUGGAGACAGAAUCCAAGCUCAAAUAUUCUGUCUGCCCUGACUGAAUUGUUUAAGAAACAGAACGCACCCAAAGAGAUUUAUUGGACUGUUUAUUAACUGAAGAUUUAUUUAGACUGUUGGAAAACACCUGCAACCAGCAGCAAAAUCGACUCCCAGAGAAGUGUGAAGAGCAGUCAGACUCUGUGAGGGUAACACUCUACAUCCAAGGGUUACGCUGGUACAGGAUGGACCUCUUCUGCCACCGUGUUUCUGUGAUCUGUGGGGACACUGAAUAAUGCCACUUUUUUUUUUUUUUUUUUUGGUACUGGGGAUUGAACCAGAGGUGCUUUACCACUGAGCUACAUUUCUAACUUUUUUUUUUUUUAAUUUUUAGUUAUAUAUGAUAGUAUAAUGUAUUUUGGCAGAAUAUACAUACAUGAAGUAUAACUUAUUCAAUUUAGGUCCCCACUUUUGUUGUUGUACAUGAUGUGGAGUUUCCCUGGUCAUGUAUUCAAAUACAAGGCUAGCAAAGUUAUGACCAAUUAACUCUACUGUCCUUCCUAUUCUCCUCCCUGCUCCCUUCCCUUCAUUUGUUUCCCUAUGUCUAAUCCAAUGAACUUCUAUUCUUCCCCUCCCCACCCUCCCUUGUUCUGAGUUAGCAUCCACAAAUCAGAGAGAACAUUUGGCCUUUGGUAUUGGGGGAUUGGCUUAUUUCACUUAGCAUGAUAUUCUCUCUUUUUUUUUUUUUUUUUUUUUUUUUUUGGAACUGGGGGUCAAAUCCCCGGCUCUGCGAAUGCAAGGCAGAUGUUUUGCCACUGAGCUACAUCCCAGCCCUAGCAUGAUAUUCUCUAGUUCCAUCCAUUUACUGGCAAAUGCCAUAAUUUCAUUCUUCUUUAUGGCUGAGUCCAUUAUGUGUAUAUACCACAUUUUCUUUAUCCAUUCAUUUGUUAAAGGAUGCCUUGGUUUUUUCCAUAGCUUGGCUACUGUAAAUUGAGCUGCUAUAAACAUUGAUGUGGCUAUAUCACUGUAGUAUGCUAUGUUUAAGUCCUUUGGGUAUAGAGAGGAAUGGGAUAACUGGGUCAAAUAGUGGUUCCAUUUCAGGUUUUCUAAGGAAUUGCCAUACUGCUUUCCAUAGUGAUUACACCAAUUUGCUGUCCCACCAACAAUGUAUGAGAGUGUCUUUCUCCCCACAUCCUCCCCAAUAUUGAUUGUUACUUGUAUUCUUUAUAGCUGCCUGUAAUGGUUUGGAUGUGUUAGACAAUGCAAGAAGGUUCAGAGGAGAAAUGAUUGGGUUAUGAGAGUCUUAAUCCCAUCAGUGAAUUAAUCCCCUGAUUGGGAUUAACUGAGAGGUAACUGAAGUGGUAAGGUAUAGCCAGAGGAGGGGGGCAUUGGGUGUGGCUUUGGGGCAUGUAUUUGUAUCUGGCAAAUGGAGUCUCUCUGCUUCCUGAGGGCAAUGUGAACUGUUUCUGCCACACUCCUCCACCACAAUGUCCUGCCUCACUGAGGUGGAGCUGGCCUUCUAUGGACUAAGACCUCUGAUAACACGAGUCCUCAAAUAAACUUUUCCUCCUCUACAAUUGUUUGGUCAGAACUUUUAGUCAUAGCAGCAAAAAAGCUGACUAAAACACUGCCAUUCUGACCCGAGUACCCAACCCUUUUUAUUUUUUAUUUUGAGACAGAGUCUCACUAAGUUGCUAAGACCCACACUAAGUUACUGAGGCUAGUCUCAAACUUGCGAUCCUCCUGCCUCAGCCUCCCUAGUUACAGGAUUACAGGGGUGUGCCAUUGUGCCCAGCAUCACAUUUUUUUUUUCUUUCAAAAGAUUUAUUUGUGGGCUGGGGUUAUGGCUCAGUGGUAGAGUGCUCACCUAGCACGUGUGAGGCCCUGGGUUCGAUCCUCAGCAUCACACAAAAAUAAAUAAAAUAAAUGUAUAAAAAACAAAGAUUUAUUUUCUACAGAAUUGUGUAAGUUCACUAAUGAGCUGAACUCAGGACUUCUAUAUUUAAAAAGAUUUCGCUCACUGCUUGAUUACUGCAAGAGCUGAAAUAUUUAAAAAGCAGGGUUUUUGUUGUUUUGUUCUUACCAGCUUUGGCAUGUCUAGAAAAUUUUAGAAAAAAGUUAGACUCUAUAGAAUUAGAUGUCUAAAAAUAAGGGGAAAGAGCGGGGUGCAGUGGUGCAUGCCAGUAAUCCUGGCAGCUCAGGAGGCUAAGGAAGGAGGAUCCCGGGUUCUAAGCCAGACUCAGCAAAGGUGAGGUGCUAAACCAUUCAGUGAGACCUUGUCUCUAAAUAAAAUACAAAAUAGGACUAGGGAUGUGGCUCUGUGUUCAAGUGCCCUUGAAUUCAACCCCCAGUACCCCCCCGAAAAAAGAAACAUUUCAAAUUCCCCAUUUGUGCAGGUCCCGAGCUGAGAUCACAUUUAUCUGCAUGCACAGUGUUCUAAGUCAGAAAUGCAGUGGUUUAUAACAAAGAGCCUGAACUUGAACUUGAUUGGUAAAUAUUUUCAGGCACUGUAUGAAAGACAGGAUGUGUGCCAUUCACUUGGCUAAUUUUGGCCUUUGUCCUACUUGGCUUGAGAAUUUUUCUUGUUUCUUUUCUUUCUUUCUUUUUUCUUUUCUUCCUUUCUUUCUUUCUUCCUUUCUUCCUUUCUUCCUUUCUUCCUUUCUUCCUUUCUUUCUUUCUUUCUUUUGUACCAAAGAUCGAACCCAGGACCUCUUAAUGACUAAGCCACAUCCCCAGCCCUUUAAUAUUUUAUAUUUUAUUUAGAGACAGGAUCUCACUAAGUUGCUAAAGCUGGCUUUGAACUCAGGAUCCUCCUGCCUCAGCCUCCUGGGAUUAAAGCUGUGCCCCACCACACUCUGCUUGGCUUGUGAAAUUUUUAUAAAUAUCUCUUAAACCCAAACCUCCAGGUUUUCAAAAACCAAUCUUCUCAUUCUGGUUCACAAUAAUUUUAAAAACAAAAACUUUCACUGCAAGAUCACACACUUAUGUAUUUGCUGCCUGUGGACAGAUACAGAGAAACCAAGUACCAAUAUGUAUCAACAGUUCAUCACUGCAGCGGCGCAGUUCGGGGUGGCUGUCCCUCCCCGGCUCUGCACUUGCUAUGCCCCAGGGAUGUCCAUACAGGCAACAUCACCCUAAAGACGAUGUGAACCCCAAUAGCCACGGGUGGGGGUAACAUCCGCUCACCAGCCUCUAGCUCUAGGACCAGCUUUGUUUUUCAUCCAAGCAAUGUGCUGAUCACGUUUCACCCUCCUAAGCACAGAGACCACUUAAUAGCUGCAAACUGGUUCACAGAGGAUCUCUCAGGGCCUCUGGUGUCUCUCUUCAGCUCUUUUGGGUAGGUGAAAAGCACUUUGGGGAGGGGGGACAUCUGAGACGCUGAAACCAGAUCCAGUGACAGAACUUCCGUUGACCCAUCCAGCUGAGAGGGAACAUGAAGAGGCAGGCUUCUCUCUAGUGGCACUGGCACUGCCCUCAGGGACUUUGGCACCUUCCCCUCUGGCCCUGUCCUCAGGCCAGCCAGAGCUGCAUGAUUACAACUCUGCACAGGAUGGUGUGCUCCGAAGUGCCCCAUCGUUACCUCAAAGUUUUGAGCUUCCAUUUCUGCCAUCUUAAGUGUGUGUGUGUGUGUGUGUGUAUCCCCCAUACUUUUUCUACCCCUAUCUGUAAUGUUAGUUGAGGUUUUUUCCCAAAAGGAAGUGACUUAAAUAAACCCAAAGAAAUAAAAAGUAAAAUCUCCAAGUUUCAAAAGUAAUAGAAAAAGUAAUAGGUAAGUUUAGAAUCAGGAUUGCUAGGUAAGUAUGCCCAAGCCAUGCACUGCACAACUCAAAGUGCAACUAUCCAGAGGACUGACAAUAGCUAUAAUGUGAUGUGAAUGAUGCCACCAACAUCUAUGCAAACUGUCCAGCAUGCACAUGAAUUCAUGUAUGAAUGACAGCAUAUGUGCCAUUCUUGGUACUUCAUCAGCAAUCUCCUCAAGUAUUUCACCAAACAGCCCUCAAAUUAACCAUUGGCAAUAGAGGGCCUCAUCAUUUCUCACCUAUAUUACUGCAAAAGCUUACUUUUUUUUUUUUUUUUGUGUGUGUGUGUGUGGCACUGGGGAUUGAACACAGGGACUUGUGCAUAUGAGGCAAGCACUCUAACAACUGAGCUAUAUCCCCAGCCCUUAAGAUAGGGUCCUGCUAAGUUGCUGAGCCUGGCCUCAAACUUGGAAUCCUCCUGCUUCAGCCUCCUAAAUAGCUAGGAGUAUCCCCACCACGCCCAGCUGCAGAAGCUUUCUUGCCUCCAUCUUCCCUUUCCCUCAGCCCAUCAUCCAGAGCAGAUUUUCAAAAGGGCAAAUAUUUUCUCUUGUCUAAAAUCUUAGAGGGACCAGGUCAGACAGGACCAAGUCCAAGCAAGAAGAGUGAGCUCUUCUGACCUGAGUCUGCCCAGACACUGCAGUACAAUUACACUCUUCUCCCCGCUCAUAUUCUGCAUUUUGGCUCCAACAGUCCCACAUCCCCCAGAUCCCUAAAUUGCUGGGCUAUUUCAUGUGGCUUUGAGACUUGGCCAGUGUUGUUUCCAUGUUUUGUUCCUUAUGCCCCACUUUUCUGCUAGUAUCAUGUUUAGUUUACUCUGAAAAACAUUCUCAAGAGAGCCUUGCUGGCCCCUGCUCCACUUGUUAUGGGGUGGACCAAUCCUGCCCUGGGUAAAAGGCUAGGCUAUAAUGCUCGCUGCCCCAGAAAUAUGUGGAAUCAAAUUGGUAGGAAAAUAGGUUUUAUUCAAAGACAGCUUUGAAGGAAGUUAGAAAAAACUUUAGAGUUUCAGAAGUUCCAUUUUCACUUAACCUAAUUUUUUUUUUUUUCUGAACACUUUACCCUUUGAACUACAUCUUCUUGGGAUUUGGGUUUUGCAGGAUUGUUGAAAUUCUGCUUUAAAGAGUAAGUGUAAGGGGCUGGGGUUGUGGUUCAGUGAUGGAGUAGUUACCUAGCAUGCAAGAGGCUCUGGGUUCAAUCCUUAGCACCACAUAAAAAUAAAUAUAGGCAUUGUGUUCAUCUACAAAUAAAAGUAUUUUUUUAAAAAAGAGUGUUAGAAGGCUGGGGAUGUGGCUCAAGCAGUAGCACACUCGCCUGGCAUGCGUGCAGCCCGGGUUCGAUCCUCAGCACCACAUACAAAAAAACAAAGAUGUUGUGUCCGCCGAUAACUAAAAAAUAAAUAUUAAAAUUCUCUCUCUGUCUCUCUCUCUCUCCCUCUCUCACUCUCUCUUAAAAAAAAAAAAGUGUUAGAACUCCUUCUGUAAGGGUAAAAGAAAUUGAAGUUAAAGCGUAAAAGUUGAAGGGUAAAAGACCGGGUGUUGUAAAGUUUCUAAGCUACAAGGUCUGAGUUAAAAUGUAAAGAAUUAGGUAUUGUUAGGUUUCUAUGUAACCUGCAAAACCUGAAAUCCCUGUAGCUUUUAGGACAAUACUGGAAUUGCCCAGUAAAUAUUCCCACUGACUCCCUGGUUGUCCAAUAACUAGGGACUCUGUGUAACUGGUCACGUAGUCCUCUAGGCCCUAAAACCAAUCAGUUUGAAUGUGUACCCCGUUUAGAAAUGACCUAUCACUCCAGCCUGACCUGUUCCCGCCAAUGAAUGAACUAAUCAUGUUUAGGGGUUGUUGUUUGAUUUUCCCGCGGUGUAUAAUGAUUUGUUAAAGGAGACUGUGAUGUAUGUAAAACCCCCGCCCUCCCAAAAAAAGUGUACUUAAGCAGUGCUCAGUCCCUGCUCGGGGCUCUGAGCUGUUUUCCCUUCUUGAGUGGGCACGGAGCCCCAGCAUGCUGGUUCAAUAAAUCCCCUUCUGCCAAUUGCA